CGUAAAAGUGUCGUAAAGUUGUUUCCAUAACACUCAACGUGCUGUCCUUGUGAGAAUGAAAGCAAAGUAGCAAUUUGGCAAUAGAAAGAUGGCUUCGCGUUUUCUGAGAUUCUCUGUGUUUAUUCAGAAGUAUCGGACACCACUGCUCCUUGUCGGAUGUGGAGGGGUCUUCUCUGCCAACAUUUUUUAUCAUGUUUUCCCAGAUCAUACAUACAGAAAAGUGUACCAGGCCUGGCACAAAGGAGAACCUGCCAGCCUGUCAGAGAAGCUUGAGAACGUCUUUCAGGAGGUGUUGAAAGAUUCUGCUGUAAGCUCCCCUAAAAACUUUAGUGCAUUUGCCUCUUUCGGCUUUCAUCCAGUAGGGGCUGGUGUUCCAUGGCUUCCCUCUGGAGCACAGAUCGGCCUCCCAGCCAACUUCAACAGCACCACUGAGGAACUAGCGGGCAUCACCAAUCGCACUAUUCUCAUCAAUGGCAAAGAGCUGGAGUGGGACAGCGACUUGGGCAUUGCUCUCAAAAAUUCCCUGGUGUUCUCUCCAGAGGCACAGAAGUUUGCUAUAGCCCGAGAAGUGGCCCGACUGGGGGCUGGGGGUCCCGUGUUACACGCUGCAGUGGCUCCAGCAUGUCUGGCUGGAGCUUGUAUAUAUAGCGUAGCCCUCAAGCAGAUCUUUGGGCUUCAGGCUGGGUCCAUCGUCUUCAGGGUCGGUGUUAAUGUGGUUGCACUGGGUUUAGGAGUCGUGUCGUACAUCAUGACUUCUGAUGCUUUGAGCCAGUGGUUAGACUACAGCUCGGACCACCGUGCGGCAUGUCUGUCUAGCGAUUAUGCAAAGGGUGGCUUAGAGUUCUAUGAGAAAAUCUUGACACGGAACAAGACCCUGCGCUCUUUGAUGGGCCCUAAAGGAGAAGAGAUGUACGCCCCCAGUGGAAACUUGUUUCCUGGGAACCUGCUGCAACUCAGACAUGCAACUUACACAUCUAGACGGGAUGGGAUUUUAAAUGUUUUGAAAAAUGAGAAAGUAUGAACUGCCCAAAUAUAUUUAAAACCAUAUAUGUUAAGUAUUAGGUCUUUUUAACAUGUUAAAAUCAUACAGUGUUUGUAAAAGAGAUUGUAUGUACAAUGCAAUUGAAUUGGUACAACACACCACUGGAUACUAUUGUCUUCUCUUUUACAUUAAUAAACAAACUUGUGUUUAUGAUGUUGUAGUUAACAUCUGUCUAGGUUUCACGUUUCUUAUUAGUUAAGAGACACUAGGCUACUGGCUGUAUAUAUUAUGUAAACAAUAUGCCAUAUAAUUUUUUUUUUUUUUCUAAAUCACCCAAUGACAUAUGAAAUUGUUAAAUUGAAAUUUAAAUUAUUAAAAAAAAAAGUAUAUUCUUCCUUUUAGUACUGUGUUUUAAAUCUAAAUGAUCUUGGACGUAGUCUAGUUUUGGUCACAUUAAAAAAAAAAAAAAUGUUUGCUGUUGGCACAUGCCUACAUACAAACCUUAGUGUGGGUGACAGUCAGCCGAAGGAUGGAUGCCAAAAGAUGUUUGAGAGGCAAUCUUGCUGAAGCACACAUUGGGUGUGGACAGUUCCCAGUGUUUGCAUACUAGAUCACUUAUUCUGUAAUGACAUUUCCAGUAGAUUUGGCUUUCUGCAGUGUCAGCCCUUUAAUUGCUCUCUGAACAGCGUUUUACUGUAGGCUAUGUUUUUCCCCCCUCCUUUAGAUAAUAGCUCAUUUCAAGCUAAACGUAUACUUUUUAUUUCUAUACAAUUUAGUUUUUAAAUGUCUGCUAUAGUGUUAUAUAUUCUGCUCACUGUGAAGUUUUAGAUAGAUAGUUAAAUAAUUUGUAUCUACUAA